CUCGACUUGACGACGUCAACGUCAAGCUUUUCAUAGCAGAUUUGGCUUUCGAUAUGAACUUUGGUCCUCGCCCGUUCCCGACGCAGCGGAUCCACCUGCCUCGUCGCCCUCCAGCCAUGACCGCGUUCAGGCUUCACAAUCACCGGAUUUACAUCGCCAGAUUGGGAUUUCAUGCAUCUGAUUCGUUGUCGGGCCGCGGGUGGCACCAUGCCCUGAAAUCCGCAAAGCGCUGUGUGCCCGAGUCGUCGUCAGCGUUCUGCUGAAUCCCCCCACACGCCGACGAACUCACAGAGAUUGCGCAGCCACACCGAAAUAUUUCAAGACUACUUCUUCAGGAGCCACCCCAGGCUGCGGUUUGAGUCCUUUCCUUUGCUGUGUUUGGAAGAAAUUGUCCUCUUCAGGCGUCGACAAAGUCGGUUUUCCUUAGGCUGACCUACGUCUGCCGCCUUUUCGUAUUCAUAUUUCCUAUCUUCUAUUGUUUUGAGGGUUUCCAGUAUGCGCGGCCUUAUCGGCACCGCUUUGGUGCUCGCACCGGCGCUCGCAUCAGCUCUCAGAGUGCGAGAAGUCGGCUUCGAUCACGAACGAGUGGGAGAAGUUGCCGCUAUUGACCGUUUAUACACCCAGAUCAAUGUCGAUAUUCCGGCUGGUUCAAGGUCACCUGAUGGGUGGGAAGCGGAUUCAUACCUAUCAUUGGCAUUUCGCCUCCAACUUCUCAAUUCUGAGGCAGCUUGUGGCUAUGGAAAUGUGACUGUAGAGGGCCAGGAACUACCUCAAACCCUCAAUGGGGAUGUCUCGACAGGGAGUGGCACUUUUGCUAUCAACCAAAAGAGCAUCGUCGCCUCAUGGUCGUUCAACUGCAUCAAAAUCAAUGGUGUUCCCAACUCUCAGUUCAUGAAGUUCAUUGUCGACUUUAUCGAUGGCAAGGCUGUUCAAAACGUCGGGUUCUCCGUAUUGUUUAGACAGGCAGGGGCGAUGGAGAUCAUGAAUAUCGAGACAGACCUCUCCAUUCCCGACCAGAUCGCCGCCAACCCCAACCCGCAAUCUCUGCAGCCAGUUGAUCAGGAGGACGAGUUCCCUCAGUGGAGCAUCGAGGAUGAUAUUGCCGAGCUCCAGUGGAUGGAAGCCCAACUGCAGGAGCUCGCAUAUUUGAUCUUCGAGAAGAAGCAUGCCAUUCGCAUCCACGCUUCGCACCGCCUCGAACCAGAGAUCGAAGAAUGCGAUAGCCUCAAGUGUCUUCUCAAGACAGUUGCUGAGAAGGCUCAACAUGCCGCUCACCAUCUAUAUGGGAAAAUUCGAGGCGACUACGAAGAUGAUGAGGAGUUUGAUGAUGAGUUUGACCACCCACAUUUCAAGCCUCACUUCCCGAAGCUUCCAAUCAAGAAACCUCAUUUCCCAAAGCAUCCGCCCUUCCGUGGCGGCAAGAAUUGCACUGGGCCCCCAAAGGGUAAUCACACCCACCCAGGAAAGCCUCACUUCCCACACCAUCCUCUGCCAAUUUGCAGAUACCCUCCACCUCACCACGGAAAGCCGCCUCAUCAUGGAAAACCACCUCACCAUAGGAAACCUGGAAAGCCCCCUGGACAUCCUCCAGGACCACCGCCAGAAUGGGCACACGAACCUGACUUCCAUCACGGACCUGAUAUGGAUGGACCUCAUCCACCCCAUCACCCCGAGGAAGAGCAUAUGCCUCCUCCACCCCCCAAUUUCGAUGAGCCUCAUCACAGAGAAGGCCACCACGAACCCCCACCAGACUUCGACGGACCCCAUCAUGGAGAAGGACACCAUGCUCCCCCUCCUCCUGACUUCGACGAGCCGCCUCACCACGGCCCCCCUGGUCCCCCGCCUCCCGAAUUCGAGCAAGAACGCAUCGAAUUCCCAGGCGACGAGCCCCAUGGACCUGGUCACAGAGGCCCACCCCACUUCGAUGGGCCUCCUCCUCAUGGCCCACCACACUUUGAUGGCCCCCCUCCACACGGCCCGAGAGGCCUCGUCAAAGCCUUGCAAGUCAUAAAGUUCACCGCCAUCGGUUUCCUCUUCGCAUUCCUCAUCCUCGCUCUCCACCGACGAGCAUGCACGCCCAAACGCCGUGCAGACCGGCAAGCACGACGAGAAGAGCGCAAGCGUCGCCGAGCCUACCGUCGAGCGGUGCACAAGCACGCUAUCACUCGCCUCCUGGCUCGCAUCUCGGGCAACGAGUCGGAUUCUGAAUCUGAUGAUUACGAAGAGAAACGCAGGGCUUUACUCUCAGAUGCCGAAGAUGGAAUGUCUACGACAAUGACUGAAGAUAUCACGCAACUUCGCAACGCAGCAGAGGUUGUAGGUGAUGUGGUUGUUGCCGAAGAAGACCGUUCGAUGACCGUUGUUGAGCCAAUGCCCAUCCCGGCAACGGAGACGAGGCCGUUGAUGCAAGAUUUCGAGACUUUGAGUCAAGUUGGCGAUGGAGAGGAACUGCCUGCUUAUGAAGACAACGAUGGUAGUGAAGCGAGCAGUUUCGUUGCGGAUGGGUUUAGAUAUACGCCUGGGAGCACGGAGUAUAGUCCUUCGCAUUCGCCGGCGGGGAGUGUGAGUGAUAUUUUGGGUCCGGAUACGAAGUCCUAGUUGGAUGUUUUCUUUGUGUCAUUGUUGGAUUUUGGCGACUAAGAGCCUAAUAUACCUUACCUUGCUGUAGAAUCUUUCAUUGUCUCAUAUUGGGUUUGGGUUUUUAUUGCAUAUACAGAUACGACAUCGGAUGACUAUUGUCCAGCUGAGGAAUUACAUUGGAGAAUUGAAAUGACCAUCUGGCAGGCACUUCCCUGAUUCUCUGCAUUUUGAGUGAACUUUUGAUGACAAGUGUCAGGAAAAGGUAAGGUAGCUAAAUUGAAACUUACGGAACAACUACAAAGGUAUGGUUUUUUAGUACUUCUCUUCGCUGCGCC